AAAUGGACACAGCGCACAUGUGGAGAUCUUGCACAUAGAUUUUGUCAUCUCAAAUCUGCGGCUGAGAAAGUGGGCAUUCAAACAGGAAGUCUUCUUUGAACAAAUACUAGGUCAUGUUUUUUUUUCACCUCUCAUGAGCCAGAUCAACCACGGAGGAAAAGAGUUGUACUAACUUCUUUCCAGAAGACAGAAUGAAUAACUCCUCUUGUCCUCGUGUCAACUUGGACUUUACAAACCGAUUUCUGCCUCCUGUUUACAUCUUAGUCUUCAUCAUUGGUCUGGUAGCUAAUGGAUGGGGAUUGAAGUCCUUGCUGCAGAAAUGGAAGAAACUGGGUAACAUCAACAUUUUUGUUCUCAACCUUGGACUAGCAGAUAUUCUGUAUCUGCUCACAGUUCCAUUUUUGAUGGUGUACUACAUUAAGGGGAGUAAAUGGAUCUUUGGAGAUACAUUUUGCAAGGUAACAAGAUUCUGCUUCAAUCUGAAUUUAAAUGGCAGCAUCGGGUUCCUGACUUGUAUAAGUGUGUACAGGUACAUGGCUAUUGUCCAUCCAAUGAGAGUGAUGGGAAGAAUAACUGUCACUCACUCUGUGGGGAUCUCAGUCAUGGUUUGGCUGUUGGUGAGCGUUCAAAGUCUUCCAGACAUGUUCUACAGCAAAACACUUGAAAACAACACUGAGAAAUGUCAUGAUUCCACCAGUGACGUCUAUGUUGAGGAUUACCUGAAAUACAGCCUUGGAUGGACACUCACUGGGUUUUGUAUCCCAUUCCUCAUCACACUGGGCUGCUAUGGACAUGUGAUUGUCGUUCUCUGCCGCACAAAUGCCACUGACACGGUACUGAAACAGAGAAGCUUGAAGUUGUUGCUCAUCUUGAUUCUUCUCUUCUCUGUUUGUUACAUCCCCUAUUAUGUACUGAGGAACCUCACCCUCUGGUCAAGAGUUUUGUCCAAACAGAAGAUAUGCCAUGAAUGGUUCAAUGGAGUCUACAUUGCUCAACAGAUAAGUCGUGGUCUUGUGUGUCUGAACAGUGCUCUCAACCCUCUGGUUUACCUCCAUGGAAAUGAAGAUAUUCCUGCUCAGCUCAGACAGCUUCUCCAGCGAGCUCGUCAGAUGUUCAGCCGUUUGUUUAUGUCAAACUCCGGCAGUGUGCCUGUGGCACAAACUGCAAAUGAUGUUUAACAAGUUAAGACUUUAACAUUAAGUGUAAAAUUACAUUUAGCUCAAACGGCAUGCAGCCAUCCAUCACAAGUAGUGGUGUGAAUUUACUAAAAUGUGAAUUCAAUUGCUAGUCGUUCUUUUAUGUGUUGCUUUCUUUGCUGGAAAAACACGUUUGCUGUAAAAUUACAUUUUUUUUUAUCUUUGUGUUUGUCAUGAUACCAUUACAACAUGCUGACUAAUUUUGCAAAU